AUGCAGUCGACAUACGGUCGUAGCAGACAGUCUAUUGCCGAUAUCGAACAGGAAUUGUACGAAAUAUUUAACAGCCAUCCCAACUCUCGACCCAACGAAGCUGGGGAACCAGUCAUUCCAGCAGACGCUUUAGUCGAUAUUUUCCGCUCUUUUUCUGACAUUUACAAUGGCGUCGAGCUCCUCACGGAUGACGAGACGGGCAUGCUGAAGGCACUACUAGCCAGCAAUCCUGGACUUGAAGUCACUCCACAGACUCUUCUUGCAUUUAUCGCGGAGAAAACCAAACACAGUCCUCGCGACAGUCCAGAUGGUUCUCCACAAGAAGACGACACGAUACUACCUGACCGCGGGCGGAUGCUAGAUCGGGACGAGGAUAACGUGUACUCACGUUCCUCCAGCAGAGAUAGCAGAAGCUCUGCGGGCACUUCUGUAUAUAUAGACAUACCCAGUCGACCGCCUUCAGUGCCACCAAAGACACCUACGUCGAGAACAGGACCUUCUCCCUUUGACACGUCACGACGGCAGCGUUCGACACCGCUUAAUAACGCGCCGUCUAGUUGGACGAAGAAACCCGCACCAGCACAUAGACGAAAGAGCAUUGACGGAAGCGCUGGACGUGCGUCGAGUGAUUCUGAGUCAUCAUUCUCAUCAAGUCCAACCACCUUUGGUCGUACACCAGGUCGCACACGCGCCCCUUCCAAUCCCACAAGUCCGUCUACAUCAUUCUCUGGCGCGUUCUCUCCCACUCUAGGUUCAUCACCAUUCGGGCACCCCAUCUCGCGUCCACACUCCCGUGCUCAAUCUCAACCAUUCAAUAGCUUUGCCCAAAGCUUUGGCUCUCCAGACCGUGACCUAUCUCCCGACGACAUGUCACCUUUGCGUGAUCGUGAUUUUGGAAAUUCGUCAUAUGAGUACGACCGGCCAGAAGAAAACAUCAUGGAUUCCAUAUCAUCUCUGCCUAUGCCGAGAGCAGGGUCCGAUGACGACGAUGGCGACUUUGACGGCGACUCAUCUCUCGGACUUGUUUUGGACCGCUCUGUCGUGUCGUCUACGGCUUCCUUAGAACCUCAGGACCGUCUCGAUGCUCUUCAGCGAGCCAAUCUAGAAAUGGGUCGAAAGUUGAUGGAUGCCGAGCGAACGCUGCAGAAUAAGUUGUCAGAACAUGACUCUGAGCUAGAAGAGUUUCAAGGUCGCCUGGAGGAACUGAAAAGUGAGCUGAGUGCUACGAAGAGAGAAGAGAAGGAGCUCAGAUCAAAAGAGCGCUCGAACUCGACUCAAAUUGCUGCCCUAGAGUCGGAAAUUGCCAAACUACAGAAAAAUCUGGAGAAUGCUCGCUCCGCAUACCAGAGUCUUCAGAAACAGUAUCAAGAGCAAUGUGCCGAAUCUGAAAGGUAUCGCAAUACGCUUCGUCGUAGGGAUCAAGAGAUAAAGGACCAUCAGGAAGCCGCCGCGCUGCAGGUCCUUGAAGCACACAAGUAUGCUAAGGAACACGACAACUACGAGGAACGUAUCGCGCACCUUGAGAAUGAACUGGAAAUUACUCAGCAAGCUCAUGCUCAAUUGGACGAGCAGAAACAAGAGAAUCUCAUGCUGAAGGAGACCAUUGACCGCAUGCGUUAUGAUAUGGACGAGAUGCGGAAUAGUGCUACCAAUGCUACUCAAGGCGGAUCGAGUGCUGGCUCAAGUGCAGCAAAUUCGAUCAGCAAGAGCUUGGGAGCAGAGCUUCUAGGCAAGAUGGGAAAUUCGCGAUGGGGGCUUAAAGACGAAGGCGAGGAAACUAUAGAAGAAGGCGAUAGCGGAGAAGUGGAGAUGGAUGACGAUGAUGACACAGAGGGAGAGGAAGAGGAGGAUGUCAUCCAGACGAUUAUCACGCGUAAGAAGAGGAAAGUUACAGGUCGUACAAACAAGGUGGAAACCACGACUUUCGAGGAAACCAGAGAAUACUCCGACGCGUAUACUCAAUAUCAUUCUGACGAGCUCACAUCGGUGCGAGAGAUACAAACUGACCCGGAGCCUUCAAUCCCUACUGCAUCCUCCUAUACGCAAACCGAUGACCCGCCUGUAGUCAUUCCAGUUUCGACGCAAACCGACCCAGAACCGGUGAUAAUACCCAAGCUUACUGCCAGUAUCGAGAUCCAGACGGAUGACCCCGAGCCAGAAGUAUCUCGAUCACCAUCUCCACAUGUUACCCCCGAAGACGACGAAACCAUGGCUUCCUCAUCUUCUACCGUCCUACCACCAACACCCAAGGCACAGUCUUUGGAUCAUCUUCACCCUCACCCUCAUGACCUUCCACCAUCCUAUCACCAGGUCGCAGAACUGGAUGAGGAUGAAAGGGACUGGCGAGUAGCCGCGGAAACCCUGAAAAAAUGGCAUGAAGGGGUGAAAAUACCCAUCGAGCCAGCCCCGAAGGGUAUAUCCGACGAUGCAGUGGAGGAAUGGAAGGCAAUCAAAGAGGAGCUUGGUAUUGAUUGCAUGGUGAUCGACAGACUAAUUGCAUCGUCAGAGAAGACAGGACAACCACGUCUCUCUAAAGACGGUAAACCGUCGCGCAAGAACCGCUUUUAUAAUAUCUACAACACAUACGUUUAUGGCGCCGGUAAAGACCGAAGCCCUUCAUUCCCCGGUGCUAACGCUAGGCAGAUAAUGCUUUGUAUGGGUGCUUCCGCUUUCGUUCUCUAUAUGAUGGCUCCGUAUAUGGCGGCGCAAUAUUCAAUUACGGGGGGCCCUACGUAUUACGACCGAUCUGCAUGGAACAGCUUCAACAGUAUGCAAGCUCCUGGGGAAGGCUUUGGUUAUGACGGUACCGCAGCCGUUUGGAGUUUCAUGGGUCGUGUUGGAGGUGGAGCAGCCAGAAUCGCACGAGGUUGGCCGACUUAGGUUUCUCCAUAAAGUCGAACUCGUUCAUACCCCCUAUCAUGUUAUUUUAUCUCGUUCAGAUACCCGCACGCACCCCUACUCAAUCCACUUUUUACUCACCUACUGAAGAACAUUCAUUGUCGCUCAUUAUACUUGCAACUUUUGCUCUAAUUUCUGUUACAUCCAAGCCUCUUUUAGGGUUCUUUCUGUGAUUGUGCCGUAGAGCAUUUGUGUAAACUAAUGUACAAUGCGGACUUUGGAGCCGCUUAUGAAGACGUCUAGCACAAGCUACCUAAUUCUAAAUCGUCCGCUCCAAAAUUGAGAGAGAAAAUAAGAACAACAAAUGGUUGAAAUACAUGGAAGAAGAAAAAUUCUAAGGAAGAAUAGAGAGGAGAAUAAAGAAAGAGACUAGGAGCGAAAAAGAUAAAUGCGGUAUUUGUGAUGUAAAACUUGGACCAAUAUCUACCGACGGUCCACAUAAUGAUAAUGACUUGAAUGCUUUUUUGCAUGAAGAGUCCUCUCGACUACCCACCAUCAUUCUAUACCGUCAUUCUUCCUCACUGUCUGACCUUGGUGGGGGAGAAGCGGCGGUGACCGACACUGAAGGCCUCCGUCGCUUCACUUCGAUUGGGAUGCUGUCAUCGUCACUCUCACCAUCAUCUUCCUCCCCAUAUAUCUGACUCGUAUUCGCGCGAAUGCCCUCAGCUUCACGUUCCCACCGCGUGUCCCUGAAAAAGCUCGAGUCGUCAUCAAACUCGUCAUCGUAGUCAUCCUCUGCGUUAUCUAUAUCAGAACCAUAUGCCACCUGUGCAAGUGGACUGGGGCUUGUGGUCGUUGAUCUGACCUGGCCCUGGCGACCAUGAUCCUGCGUAACGGGGUCGACUACAGUUGGGAUCGAGGUUCCUAUAAGUAGACGCUGAGGCUGCGGUUGCCUAAGAUGUAGCGGGAGAUUGCUAAUCGCUUCGGUCAUUUGAUUAAGACCCAAUGGCAGGUUUGAUAUUAAUGUGCUUGGGUCAUUGCAUACGCCACCUGCACCGAGGAACAUGGCAUCAUCAUCAAUCCCUUCCUGGUCGCCCGAAUGAAGACUUGUCACGUCUUCAAUGUAACCACUGUGACCGUGAACCGGCUCCCCCCAGCUGGAAGCGCGUCUCGCGGCCGUGAGUAAACCACUGCUGUUAUUACUCUGUCGAGAGUCCCUUCCGUGAUGACGAAGUAUCUCAUCACUUCUCCUGGCAAAGAUAUCUGUUGAUGUCCUGGCUUUGACAUUAUUGUCUUGGGAAAAUGAUGUUGAAGCAGAAGCGUCUAGGGGUGAUGAAUCGUGGGAUGUAGGUUUGUGACCUCGCCAUGACUUCAUCGAGGACAGAGAGAACCUGUUAAGGAAUUUCUCGUUUUCACGGUUCUGUAAACCAGGUCCAUGAUCUUCUACGCCAUGACUAGAUGUCGGGCUACUGAUUUGCGAAGAACCCCAUUGAGACUCAGCAGGUAUCAGCAGCGUCUCUGAUCCUCGGCGGCCGGUAUUUGGGACACCGACAUUUGAAUUAUGAGAAGUGUCUUUAGACGAACGUGCCCAUCGUUCUAUCGAUUUCGAUCGUCCACCGAAAUUGGGGGUAGAGUCGUUCCUGAGUAUUACUGACCGCACACCAGCACGUCGCUUUCCUUUAUCCCUCGACUCAGAGCCUGACAUUCUGGCACUGGCACUUUUGUGUCUCUCCAUCGCUAUUGAUGGAGAAGAGCGAACGCCAAAAUUAUUGUCGUCACGACGUGAUCCAGGCUGACGGGGAGUACGAACAUUGCGGAAGAGAGAUGAUAUACGAUUUGUAAUACGUUUGUGCCAUCCCC